AUGUUAGGAUUAUUAUACGUUCAUAUCGCUUUCUACUUCACGAUCACUCCUGAUAGCACUUUGACGGCCGAAUGGCAUGGUUGGCUCAAACUUGUUCAGCAAUCGAGUGAGAUUCUAGUGAAGAAUUUGGUACGAAUGGGUCGAGGAAAAGAGCUGAUAAAGGAAAAGACAGAAGAGCAAUUAGAAUGUGCAUUCGACGAGUAUCCUGCAGAAUGUGGCUGCUGGAGUUGUAGUGAGAGUGAUUAUAAAAACAGUUCACAAGACUGUUUGUAUUAUACGGGUACACAUUUAAUCUGGAAUGAUGUGGUGGCACAUCGAUUCUCUCUUUGUUUGUAUGCUGAUCUGCUCAAGUGA